CCGGAGGUGGGAGGCUUCCCCCACGGGGCCUGAGAUGUCGUCCACCAUGGCGGUUUACCUUCUCUCUACCUUGGGAGGGUACUUGGUGACUUCAUUCUUGUUGCUUAAAUACCCGACCUUGCUGCACCGGAGAAAGAAGCAGCGAUUCCUCAGUAAGCACAUCUCUCACCGCGGAGGUGCUGGAGAAAAUGUGGAGAAUACAAUGGCAGCCUUUCAACAUGCAGUUUCUGUUGGAACUGAUAUGCUAGAAUUGGACUGCCAUAUCACAAAAGAUGAACAAGUUGUAGUGUCACAUGAUGAGAAUCUAAAGGAAUCAACUGGAGUCAAUGUAAACAUCUCUGAUCUCAAGUACUGUGAGCUUCCACCUUACCUUGGCAAACUAGAAGUCACAUUUCAAAGAGCAUGCCAAAGUGAAGGAAAAGAUAAGCGAAUUCCAUUACUGAAGGAAGUUUUUGAGGCCUUUCCUAACAUUCCCAUUAACGUCGAUAUCAAAGUCAACAACAAUGUGCUGAUUAAGAAGGUUUCAGAGUUGGUGAAGCAGUAUAAACGAGAACACAUAACAGUGUGGGGUAAUGCCAGUUAUGAAAUUGUAGAAAAGUGCUACAAAGAGAAUUCAGAUAUUCCUCUGCUUUUUAGUCGACAACGUGUUCUGCUCAUUCUAGGCCUUUUCUUCACUGGUCUCUUGCCCUUUGUGCCCAUUCGAGAAGAGUUUUUUGAAAUCCCAAUGCCUUCUGUUGUAUUCAAGCUAAAAGAAUCAGAGACCAUGUCCAGAAGUCAAAAGUUUUUCAUCUGGCUUUGUGAUACCCUACUAAUGAGGAAAGCUUUAUUUGACCACCUCACCGCCCGAGGCAUUCAAGUGUAUGUUUGGGUAUUAAAUGAAGAAAAAGAAUACAAAAGAGCUUUUGAUUUGGGAGCAACUGGGGUGAUGACAGAUUAUCCAACAAAGCUUAAGGAUUUUUUACAUAAUUUUUCAACAUAGAAAAAGAUGUACUCAGAAGCUUUCAGAGAAAAUACGAAAAGACCUAAGGAAAAAAAAAAUGUCAUCAUCACUCUAAGCCAUUUCCAGAAUGGUAAAAGGUUUAAUCAGUUAAGUUUUUAUUACCUCAUUUUUAAGCCUGUAUGAGAACGUAGAAACUAUAUAUUGUAUAUUUAUUUUAAGUAAUCUUGCAUAGUCUACAUUUGUAAAUUGUUUAGAAAGAUAACUGGUUAUGAGAUAUAAGUAGGAGAUUAUUGAUCAAGAUUUUUGUAUGUGCACCAAGAUCAAGGGUUCAGAUCCCUGUACCAGCCAACAAAACAAAACAAAACAAAAAAAAAAAAGAUUUCUGUAUAUGAUGUGGUAUUAUACUACCUGUAUUAUAAGUAAUUCUGAAAUCAAAGGCUAUUGAAUAAAUUUGGCAUUAGCUUUAACUGGAAUGAGAUCAACUAAUUAGUAAAAGAAAAUUAUUGAAGACUAUUACAGCUAUUCUGCAUUAUUUUAUUAUUUCUAUGUAUGUCUUAGUUAAAGGGGAAAAAUACAGUGGAAGAAGAGCUUGGAAAUCAGUGAUGUAGUUAUCUGGAAAGUUAUACAUUGUUAACAGAAGUCAGGCUCAAGGAAAAACUGAAAGUUUAUUACUUGAUCAGAAAUAAAAUCUGUAGACUGAU